UUGGUCGUUUGACUUCCCACUUGUCUCGUAGAAACGUGAUAGACUGGUUACGACGGAAGCCGAUAUAGGUGCCAGGGUAUAGAAUUAAUAUUUAUUUAACUGGCGUUCGCCUGACUUAAUUUAUGUGAAUACGAGUGUGAGCGCCCUGUCUAAUGAAUUUCUUGGCGUUUGAAUCAAGGGCAGGCGACAUUCGUUUGAGGGGAUAAUUUAGGGACUUGUUCAAGAAUUAUCAUCCGCUGAUGCAAUCCAAUGGUUUAAAAAGUCAAAGAUUUAACUGAUGUUGCACUCAGCAUUAGUUCUUAUGGAAAUUGCAACACGAGGAAAUUAUUUUAAAUGCAAGUUGACAGCCAUUUCAACAACAUCAUCUGACCUUCUACACGAUAUAUACUUUUUAUCACGUAGCUUUGAUCCUAAACUCCUAGAAAAUGGAACUGGGUGCUGUUAUUGAUGCAAAUUUGAAAGAGUUACUAAAAUGAAUAACUACAAGAGUGGAAAGAAUAGUGAGCAGUCUGCAGAGAAAAUGUUACUAGGGGGUACUACUCUGAGUGUUCCUCACAGGCGUCGAUCUCGGUCAGAGUAUGUGUUUUGUGAAAUGAAUAGCCCAUCUGCACAAAUGGAUGGAAGCUUUGAACGAACAGACUUUUUCAGUGCCCAAAGGCCUACAGAUGCUGAGUGGAUUCAGCAUAAAGAUCAGUUGAAGACCUCAGAUGAUGUAAGAAAAGCCAGCACAUCUUGUGUUGGCAGGGCCAUAACAUAUGGCAAUACCAUGAAGGCCAUGGCACCACGGACCGAAGAUGUCCCCCAGCAUUUACGAGUAACAGACGACAUAGGUAAAGUAGAAAUCCCAGAGGAAACACAGGACAAUGAAGUCUCAAUUGAAGAUGUCAUGGAACUUGUGAUCGAAAAAUAUCCCAAUAUUUUGGAUAUAAGGGUACCUCCACAACAAAGCCAAUUUCCAAGUACCCAGCUACCAGAAACUCAAGCCAUAACAAAAGAAAUAGAUGGGAAUUUGUCAAAUUCGGAACACAUCGACAAAGGUGUUGCAGAUACUGGUAACCAAAUGAGGAGUGGGUUACACUGGGUAGAUGAAGCCGUCAAAAUGGUGGACCAGAUGGGACAUGACAAUGGAAAAGCCUCUUGUCAGGAAAUCACCUGUGGAGACUUAUUGAAAGAAUUACAGAAAGACCCGAUUUCCCAAGAUAAGGUUUGCUAUGGAACAGCCAAAUCUCUGGAGGAAUUAGCAAAAAAGCACACAGAGUUUGAAACAGGUUUUCACGGUGUGUUUACUGACAUGAGGUUUGAGAUUUUGAAAACAGAGCCACAGAAACUACUUGAUUUCCACACCACACCCCUGCGGAAGGGAUCAUUUGGUGAGAUCCGGAAGUGUCAGUUCUCGGCUGAUUUGGUGUUUGUAAGUAAGAGGGUGACCCGGAACUUCCGUAUGGAGGAGGCGAUAUUUACAAACCAGCAUGACAACCCAAACAUUGUCAAGUCUUUUGCAUUGUUGCUGAAAGAUGGGAUCCCGGAAAUUAUAAUGGAGUAUGCGGGACAGUCUCUGUCGGGUUUGUUGAAUGAAGUGAAAUCCUUACCAGAGACUACAAUCAGGGCUCUGACCUUUCAACUCUGCAGAGGAUUAGCCUUUCUGGAGUCCAGAUUCAUCAUCCACUGUGACAUAAAACCUGAGAACAUAUUUGUCAUGCCAAAUGAAUCUGGAAACUAUGAUCUGAAAAUUGGUGACUUCGGCUCUGCCCAGUCUUCUAAGGCCCCCCUAGAGGUAACACCUUGCACCCCUGAGUAUAUGUCUCCAGAGAUGUUCCAUUUCCUACAUGGGAAACUUAGCUAUACUCUCCAGCCUAAGACAGAUGUGUUUUCAGCUGGACUGGUGGUUGGCUUCAUGUACAGAGGAGAGAACCUGUUAAUCAAGUACAUCAAAGCUGUAAAUCCAGAAAUCAAAGAUGUGACAUCAUUGAGACAGCAUUUAAUUAGACAGGUAUUCCUUCAUGCAGAUAUAGUUGAUAACUUGAUUCCCGAGGCGGCAAGUUUAAAGCAGAGAACAAUAAUGCACGGAAUGCUACAAAUUGAUGGGACCAAGCGAUACUUCGCAGAAGAAACGUUAAAUGUCAUGAUAGCCCAAGAAAUAUCUGAGAUCAAAGCAAAGAGGAACCUUCAAGCAAAUCACUACAAUUGGUUUCCGUCAGAGAGGGAAACAGACCUGCCUGGAUCACAGGCAAGUUACGUAACAAGAAGCAGAAGAAACGGGUGUUCAGAGGGGGAGUCCGACACUCCAGAAUCACAGUCAAGUUAUUUCACAAGAAACAGAUGUUCUCAGUCUGCGGGAGUAUCAGUCACUGGAGUACAGAUUUACAAAGCGUCAUCAUAUGAUGAAAUAAUGGCAGAACCUAAACCGCUUAGGGAGCGUAUUAUAAAACGGUCAUUGAAGAGAAAGAUACAUCAGCCUGUCAAAACAGCUCCGAAAAUCAGAAGGACCUCUGAGGCAAGCCAGGAUUCUUCCGACAUUAGCCAGGGUGGUUUCAUCGAGGAGAAUUGGGAGGGGUGCAAUGAGACAUCUAUCUCCCUGGAGCAUCAGUUCCCCAAGGUGUGUGUUAGUGACUAUCAGUAUCCCAUCUGCCAGGCUGAAGAUUCGUCUAUCCCUGAAUCACAACCUGGCAACCUGCCGGCAUUGGAUUGCCUGGGAAUGUGAGGAAACUUGCACAAAGUCAGCUGUGUUUUUUUGGAUUUCCUGUAUUACUUCAUAACGUUACGUCAUAAUGUCACAAUGAACUUUGUUACAGUGUAAAUAUGAUUUGGCGCUUUUUUUUAAUGUUGUAUUUUUGUAUUUUCUACACAUUUAUACAUACAAACAUACAAGCUGUAAUCUAGCUACACUAGCUCAUUCACACUUGCAAUUACUCUGUGCACCUUCUGUAUCAACAAUAACAAUGAAUUGUAUCUAUAAUAUAUACAUACACUCACAUAAAUAUUAUAUACACACAUAAACAUACAUAUAUACACAUUCAAAGAUAAAGGUAAUUAUUUUAUUUUUCAUAUAAAUGUAUUAUGAUUUUCAACAAACAUUAAUUUUGUUUCUUUUGUGCAUAAUGAUGCAUUCAUAUAAUAAAAUUCCCAACAUUUUUCUGAAAUAGUUUCACUGAGUUAAGUUUCCCACUUCUCUCUUUUGAGUUGUGGGGCUAUGAACUCCUUUUCCUUCAAAACUUGAUAUAAAAACUAAGUCUUUCAAGGUCUUAAUGAUUUGACGUUUUUAAUGUCAUAGUUGAAUUGUUGACAACAUGUGUAACUAAGUGAUUGUCGUAACUAUUGAAGAUUGAAAAUGAAACCUGUUGAGCUAUU